AUGUCCAAAACACCAACAAUGAAACAUUUCAAUGGAGUUAAUGCCAUCGAAACUACUGAAGUUUCGAAUCUUGAACUAUUUCUUGAGUUCAGUAAUUGUGUUAUGUCUAAAGAUUUUCGACAAGCUAUAAAUCUUGCUAAGCAGAUUCUUCAGUCUGAGCCAAACAACUCACAGAUCCAUGACUUUCUUCCAUUAUUAAACGAAGCGGAUUACAUGAAAACUGCUGGUGUUUUUCAUUCUCUUACUGACGAUUCAGAUACAGAAUCUGAGGAAGAUGAUGAUGAUAAUAGCCAUCUAAACACUUCAACGGAUACAGACUCUUCUGAUGAUUUUGACUACACAAGUUCUGAUUCUGACAGCUAUCGGUGUCUUAAAAAAUUACAUGGUUCAUAA